ACCACCAAAUAUUAUCUUCCAAUGGACCACAUAUCGGGCCGCGAUCUCGGAAAUCCUUCUGGUUUGGAUUCGCGUGUUUUUGGAAAUCCUCAGCUGGUGAACGGAGUUUUCCGACACGCACUGAAGCUAGACGGACGGACGCAGUACGCUCGAGUGACCGGACCUGGCCACAAAAAAGAAUGCUUCGGCAACCUCGAUCACUGCACACAAGGAUACUACCUGGGGAUGUGGCUGAAGUUCGAAGGAGCUGGGAACAGACGCGGGGUGUACUUGUCUAAUGGCGGCCACAGAACCGACUCUCACGGAAUCGCCAUGUUCUACUCGAAGGGAAGACUGGAAUACGUCUUCAAGAAACCAGACGGGUCGGAGUGGAAGGUCAACUUCAACGAUCUGCUGGAAGGAAGGUGGUAUCACGUGGCGGUCACGUGGAACGAGAAGAUCGGCUUGAUGCUGUACGUGAACGGUGAGCUGGUCAACCACGACUCGUCCAUAACCAGGCGGCCAGCAGUCAAUAAGCAGUCGCCUUACAGGGACUUCGUGCUGGGACGAGCCAAUGACAGGACGGGUACCGAACGGCUUGGGAAUCUCGUGGUUGACGAGUUCCAUUUUGCGUCUAUGUACAAGACGUCAAAGGAAAUAAAAGAAAGCGGUGCAUUCUACCGAUUCUACUUCAACAUGGACAAAGUCCAGAACGACCGACUCGUCUCCGCCAACAAGGACGCCGCCGUCUACGGCAACGCCGACGUCGUCCCCGGCAAGGUGAACAACGCCCUCAGACUCGGCUACCACGGCGGCAGCGACUACGUCAGCCUCGGCAACGUGGAUGACACCUGCCUCGGCGACCUGUCCUUCUGCAAGUACGGAUUCUACCUCUCGUUCUGGGUGUCCUUCCAGAGACUCGAUCCCGACACCCGCUACCUCUUCAGCUCCCCUAAAGGCAUCAACGUCUUCUCCGUCGACAACCGCCUGCACGCCACCGCGUCCAUGAUGGACCGCUACUGGGACACCUACUUCGUGGGGCUCCGGACCCGGGCGUGGUACUUCGUCGAAGUGUCGUGGCGUCGCGACAAGGGCCUGGCUCUGUAUGUGAAUGGAGACUUAGUUUCGCAGAAGACGACUGAUUCCCACAAGACCAGUAAAGCGACCAAGGAUAAGAAUUUCUAUAUUGGAAGGGCUAACGAGCCGGAGUCGUGGCAGAAGACCGCCGUGGCUGACGUUGAUGAUGUGGAGAUAUUUUAUGCUGAUAUGGAUUCCUUGCUCAAUGUGGAUUUCAUUCAGAGAGGACGUCCCAAGAUGCAUCUGUUCGACAUGGACAGCAAGGACGGAAGUCGUCUGCUGCACGGUUCCGUGUUCGUAACUCUGCACGGAAAACCCCGACUGGUGAGGGGCAAACUCGGACGAGCCUUAAUGCUCAACGGCCGGAACCAGUACGUCGACUUUGGCGACCACGUGACCGACUGCUUUGGUAACCUUGACAACUGCAAACAUGGCGCCACCGCCGCCUUUUGGAUGCGACCGGACCACCUGACGAAAGACUCGUACUUCCUGUGGACUGGGGACAACGGGCUGGCGAUGUGGUACCGAGGGAAGCGGGUUCACGUAUCGGCGAAAACCAGCACCAAACAGUGGGAGCUGUCCACGGACAAACUGAGACCCGACCAGUGGCAGCUGGCCGAAGUCACGUGGUCGGAAAACAACGGGCUGCGAUUGGUCGUCGAUAACGAGGUCGUGGCAGAAGACUUGGAGUCGAGACAGAGGACCGGGGCAGCCCAGAGCGACGAUGGGAGGGUAUAUUUAGGGAAGGGGAACGUGGCGAACGGGAAGUACGGUGCUGCCACCUUUGACGAGAUGGAGUACUGGUUUUCUGACAGGGAUUACCUGAACGCUUGGGGAUACAUCCAACGAGGACGCCCCACCCACUAUAUAAUCGACAUGGAGGAGAUUCAAGGCGUUCGAUUGGUCCAUGAGACGCUGCCCAUCCGAGUCGUCGGUGACGCUAAACUGAUUCCGGGCAAGAUCGGAAAUGCCCUUCAACUGACCGGCGCUGACCAGUACCUGGACAUUGGAGACCACUCGGACGAGUGUAUGGGGAACCUGGAGAAAUGUCUGCAGGGCAUCACCAUCUCUGCAUGGAUGCGCUUCAAACGUUUCACCAACAACAUGGUGUUCAUGUCGACCGGCACCCACGGCAUCGUCAUGAUGUACCGCAACGGCUACAUCCACGUCAGCGCCAACGGCAAGACGGAGGUGACGAUCCAGCCACUGGAGCCGAAUCGCUGGUACUACGUGGAGAUUUCCUGGCACCCCGUCUACGGCCUCAGCCUCUACGUGGACGGUGUCCUCGUCGCCAACUCCAGAAACACGCUCGGUUCUGACGUCAACCGCGACGACAGCCGUAUGGGAAGCUUCUACCUCGGCAGACCGAACACGGGAGAUGUGCGCGGAGGAAGGUUCGUGCACGGAAACUUUGAUGUGGACGACAUGGAGAUUUGGUACGCUAGAAGAGCCAGUCUGAUUGCCAUGGAUUAUAUUAAACCUGGAAACAUGAUCGGUUACGAGUCCUUCUUCUUGGACUUUGCACACGGCACCACAGUCCUUCACCCUUACUUUACCGUGACCCUUAUGAACGGCGCUACGCUUGUAACAGGUAAAUACGGUCUCGCCGCCGACAUCAACAGGGGCGGCUACGUCGACCUCGACAACCACGAGACUCGUUGCAUGGGCAACCUCGAGCUGUGCCGACACGGCAUGACCUUCACCUUGCUGCUGAAGCCGCGCGCGCUGAAGGACGGGGACUACUUCCUGUCUGGACCUUCCUACAGUCUGUACUAUAAUGACGGACGUCUGGUUUGCACGUUCGUCGGAUUGGGAAGACGGUGGACGGUGUCGUCUGAGAAGUUCCACGUGGGACGCUGGCAGAGGGUUACCGUGUCCUGGCAUCCAGUCAAAGGACUGAAGAUGUUCAUUGAUGACCAGCUCGUGGGUACCAGUGCUGGUGACGUGUUUCUCCAAGGAGACGAGCCCAAAGGAGGUCACGUGUUUGUAGGCAAGGCGAUGGACAGAGGGUCCACGGCCAGCGUGCUGGUGGAUGAGAUACAGUACUGGUAUGACGACAUUGACCAGCUGAGAGCUACAAAACAGUAUGGAGUCACUCCUCGUCACUGGACUCUGAACUGGGACCACUACAACGGCCAGUACCUCGUCAUCGACGGCCGCCAUAUCCAGACGUACGGGUCUGUGAUUCUGGUCCAGGGGACUCACGGUCGAGCCGUCUACCUUAACGGACGCGAACAGUACAUCGAUCUCGGCCAGAACUUCACGUGUCGCGGUAACCUUGACAACUGCCAGUACGGGGCGACCGUCCGCUUCUCCGUCAAACCGUCCGACCUCCAGAGCGGGAUGUACUUCGUGGACAGCUUCCCAGUCAAAGUCUACUACGAAGAUGGCCGCCUUCACGCCGUGAUGCAGACGGCGGACAGGAAGUGGGAAGUUAGCUCCCUUGAGUUCGACCGUAACAAGUGGCAGGUGGUGGAGGUGUCCUGGCACCCGACGUACGGACUGACGCUCUAUCUGAACGGGGAGAGGGUCGGCUACCAGACUGUGCCCACGUACCGGACCCCCGUGCAGAAUACGGACUGGAGGACGUAUUUCGGGCGACCGCUGGAGGUGGGAUCGGAUACGCGGUAUGUCAACUCCAUCGUGGAGGAUAUCGGGUGGUGGAAUACGAGAUGGGAACACGUUCCCAAGAUUGACUAUCCUGAUCCGGUGGGACCAGUCUACCCGCCGCGUGAAUCCAAUCAGUCGAGUUCCGUUGAUGGAGAUUUCCAUUACGUAACUACCCAACGACCGCCUGUUGUGGUGACGAGCACUCGGGAACAACACACGACUAUCAUCCGGUUCGACAAUGGGCUGGGAUACGUGGAGUACAACUUCAACAAGCUGCCGUCCAACUUCCUCAAGAGAGUCAACGACGAGAACGUCGCUUUCUACUUCCUCACAGACCGGAAGGAGGGGUUGCUAUGGUUACAGCAGGACAGACACAGGACCAUGCAUCUGAGCAUGCACGACGGCUACUUGCGUUUUGUGAAUGACGAAGACCCGUAUGGCCCACAAUCGACCACUGUCAUACCAUCAGAUGGGCGGCGCCUCAACGACUGGGCGUGGCACCACGUCAACAUCACGAGGCAUGGCAGAGAUAUCACAAUAAACGUGGACAAGCAGCACGAGGCGAGGUACACAUUCCCCCCAGGCAGGAGGAUCCAGUUCCUAGUCCCAGCGGAGGUGUGGCUCGGCGGACAUCCUGAAAUCAGGGACGCCACCAGUAAACUCGUCAACACUGGACUCAACGGAGGGAUUGCCAUGGUGAUUUACACAAGCAGAAGACCAGGGGAGACAACCGAGGUAAACCUAAUUGCUUCAGGAUCACCAAACGUCCACGGGCCUGUACGAUUUGUAAACGGAACGCUCGGCCGAGGCGGCUACUUCACAGACAGACCUCCAAUCAUAAGGACCCGACCUCCAGUCGUCUGGACCCGCCCUCCAAUCAUCACCCUUCCACGAACACCGCCGCCCACCCUUCCUCCGAGAAUCGGCCCGACCCCAGUAACGUUCAGGUCGAACACCGUCUUCAUGCCUCUUCAGAGGAUACGAAUCAACCGAGGAAGCAUCAUCUCGUUGAAGUUCCAGACGAUCAACGACCGAGGCUUGAUGCUGUAUAGCCACGGGCACCAGACCAGACCCGGAGUCUUCAUAGCUCUGGAGAUCUACGACGGACGGAUGUACUUCGUGUACGAUUUGGGAUCGGUGACCAGGAGGAUCCUUCUAUCAGAGCGAGACAUAGCCGAUGGGCUUCAGCAUUCCUUGGAGAUGAGGUUCUACCAGGACUUCAUCAUCCUCAUGCUGGACAACGAGCAACAGAGGAUUAUUUUAUCCCCUCAGGAGAGACUCCCCAUCGAGUUCACGAGUCCUCUCUUCAUAGGAGGCUACAAGACGUACUCCAAUGAUGCCAACGAGCGUGAACGUCUGCCGUGGUACGUCUGGUCGAGGAACGGUUACCAGGGGUGUCUCGAGGACCUGAAGGUGAACCAGGAGCAGAUUAACCUGCAUAAACCGGUCCUCGCCCAGCGGCUCCUGGGCUACGUGGACAGGCAGUGUCUGGCGAUGCCGAGGCAGUGCUCCCUGAACCAGAGGCCCUGUCUGAACGGGAUCUGUCUCGACUCCUGGGACGGCUACACGUGUGACUGUACCGCCACUGGUUUCAGUGGGAGGAACUGUGAAAGACCGGCCCUGUCCGCAGUUCUGGACGGCCACCAGUACGGGUACGUGCCCGUGCGCGUCUUCCAGACCCACGUGAACGACCUGUCGAUGCGCUUCCGGACGCCGCUCAGCAACGCCUUCCUCUUCCACACCUACACCGGCGAGUCUGACGAGUACCUCCAGGCCGUCAUCGACGGGGGAAGGUUAAAGGUCACCACCAAUCUCGGAGGCACUGUAAAGACUUACUACGCUGGCCACUCUCUGAACAACCUGGAAUGGCACACACUGUACGUGCGACGACGUGGUAACCACAUCGAGGUGUGGGUUGAUGAGGAACCUCCACCGAAACCAGGUCAUUUGGACGGUGAGAAUUUCUACUUCGAUAUAGAAAGAAUUUACAUAGGAAGCCUAACCGACUCGGGCAUAACCGUGGAUUCCUCGGGCUUCAACAAUUAUAUCGGAUACAUUCAGAACUUCCACAUCACCGACCUCGACAUCUUAGAGAAACUGCAGAGCACGGGAACACAGACCGUCACCUUCCCCAUCGCACCCCUCCCGCACCUGCCUCGCCUGACCCACAACCCCAUCACCAUCACGUCGGCCUCGACCUUCAUCCAGCUGGAGACUCUGAGAGUUCCCCCUCAGAUGGUUCUGUCCUUCAUGUUCAAGACGAAGGAGUCGAGCGGCGUCAUUUUCUUCAAUGGCGGACGUAACGGAGAGUUCAUCGCCGGAGAGCUUUACAAAGGCUCCUUCCACUUCCUGUUCAACACGAGCGACAGCGCGCCCGCCCUCAGAGUGUACACACCCCAGCCGCUCAACGACAACCGGUGGCACCAGGUGACGAUCAAGCGAGACGCAGACGGCAAGAGUUUCGUCGUCAUCGUUGACGGCCACACGUCCAUCCUGCGGAGCGACGCCAAGGACGCCACCCUCGACCUGCAGGGGCCGCUGUACAUCGGCGGGCUCCCACAACGCAUGUACGAAGAGGGGACAGUCCAGAAUGCAUUGCUGUCCAAGUCCGGCUUCAAGGGAUGCAUGGCGUCUGUUCAUCUGAGUGGAGGUGUGCCCGAUCUUCUGAAGUAUUCAAGGAAGAAUAGCUUCGUCGUCUCAGGAUGUAACGACAUCGUGGCGGUGUGUGCGAUCGACUCGUGUAAGAACAACGGUAUAUGUAUCCCGUCAGGCCUCGGCUACUACUGUGACUGUAACAUGACGUCAUUCGUCGGUACCAGCUGCACGGAACAGGCGGUCGGAUUCCGAUUUAAAGAACAUAACGAAAACGGCUUGCUCGUCUACACCUUCCCGAAUCUCCUCAGGCCGGACAGAAGUUCUGACGACAUCUCGUUCGGCUUUAUGACGUAUGACAAGAACGGAGUGCUCAUGCGCAUACAGAGCGCCUACCUCGACGACUUCAUUGAGCUGAAACUGGUGGAUGGUUACGUUGUAGCUGAGUACAAAACGGAUUCAACCCAGAAGACUUACAAACUAAUGCAGUCCGGCCGGAAGUUCAACGACGGCAAAUAUCACGUGGUUCGCUUUCUCCGAAACAGCGGCAAUGCAACUCUCAAUGUGGACUCGUAUGGAAGCGUCGUGAAAAUCCAUUCAGGUCGUCACGACAUAUUCGACAAACAAGGAAGCAUCUAUGUUGGAGGUGACCUCGUUGAUCGAAGUGGGGGCGUGGCUAUAGGAGAAUCCAGUAUUGUUAGAUCUUUCAAUGGAAUCAUUGCAGGGAUGUAUUUGAACGGACUGAGGGUUCUGGAUAAAGCGAAGUUCAAAGAAAACACGCUGUGGUGGUAUGACGUAGCCGUUGCCCCGCCCCCUUUCAGUCUGACACCUGGCGUUAUCAUCCCGACACAACCGAUUUGGUUCACUACAGCUAAACCUCCUGUGGUAGUACCGCCCAUAGGCGGGGUCAUACCUGUCGUGCCCCCAGACGUGGGUGGGGGCGGCGUAGGAUGGGUGAGGACCGAUAGCGGAAUAGCUGUUGGCACCUACCCGGACAAGGCCGGCGGAACCGGAGUUAUCGUUCCUGGCCACCUUCCCCUGCAGGCUGCCGCUCUGUCCGCCCCGCCCCCACUUCCGGCUCACGGGCCACGCGCCGGCGCUGUCAUGGGAACCAUACUGGGCAUCAUGGCUCUGCUGAGCAGCUUGAUGUGGGCGUUCUACAGGUGCAAGCCUGGCUGGUGCGCAUGUCUGAAACCGCCCCCACCGGCUGGAGGCGUGUCCGUCAUCUCUCCGCCCAGAGCAGGCACGAAUCUAGCAGCGUUCCAAGCUGCCAAAGGAGCAGGAGCUGGAGGGGCCGGAGCUGGAGCAGGAAUGGGAGGAGGUUCGGCAUCGGCGGCAGGAGCCGGAGCCGGAGCAGGAGGAGGAGGAUCCAGCAGCUCGUACUUCUUCUCGGAACAGUCCAAGUCCGCGGCAGGAGGGGGAGGUGGUGCGAUGGCUGGCGGUGGUGGUGCUGGUUACGACUCUUCGACUCUCAGAGCUACUGGAACAUUCACGAACGCUGGAACGUCCAUAGGAACCCCGAAACCGUCUCGCGCUCAUCUGGGAUCGACUGCCUCUGGAACCAGCGGCUACUCGUACCAACAGAACACCAUGAGGUCCGUCGUGGACGGGUCAGUCUUCACACCGGGACCAGCGUCAGUUCAGAGUUACCAUUACGAGAGGGGCGGUGAUGCUGACUACGAUCUGGCGACAGGCAGCGGAGGAGGUGCCAACUACCAGAGCAACACUCUCAGCGCAGGAGGAGGGGGAGGUACUCUAGGAGGGGGAGGUACUCUAGGAGGGGGAGGUACUCUAGGAGGGGGAGGCUAUUCCUCGUCCACGAUGGCGUCGUCUUAUAACUACCAGGUGCAAACGAUCAGGACGGUGACGGGCCAGGAGCAGAUGGUGGGGUACGCCGCCUCGCCGCAUUUUACCGCCUUCACGCCCGGGGCCAUGGGGGAGGAGGUGAGGGUCGACUGCUGUUUGAUGACCACGGAUGGGAAGAGUGUAGUCACCGGGUCCAGUCUGGGACCACCACAAGUCUGGGAUAUGCAGAAUGGUGAAUUAUUGAGAAUAAUGAAAGGGGAUCAAGUUGGCUCGACCAAUUUACAUUUAGCCUGUAACGACCGGUUAUUGGUGGGCGCCGUGAACGCUGACCUCGAGGUCAACCAAUACUCACACAGCAAGGGAGUCACCAACAGAAUGUUACAGAUCUGGGACUUCACAACAGGCAAGCCGCUGGAGAUGGCUGAACACGAGUACUGCUCGGCUCUGUGCGUCAUGACCGACGGCGACAAGGUGGUCUUCGGCAAGACCGACAAGUACGGCAACGGCACCGGCGUCGUCGUGUGGGACCUCCUCGGCAACCAGCCCAUCAAAGAGAUGCGCUACGACGCGCCCAUCGGUAACAACGACUACAUCAGCUACCUGAACCUGUCUCAGAACGACCGCUACGUCCUCGCCGGCUUCAAUAACACCUUCGACAACCACGCCGAGUUCGUCAUCUUCGACAUGACCCUCACCAGCUACAACGUCAUGGAGCCGAGUUUCAGACGUCUGGACGCUAAUGCCGAGUGUACCGCCGUCUUGCCCCGAGACGAGGCCAUCACGGGACUGCGCAAUGGAGAUCUGGUCGUGUGGAGUCUGCGCACCGGCGAGGCCAGCCGACAGCUGGUUUCCGGCGCCAGCUCGCACGCGCACAGCAAAGAGGUGAAGGCCGUGGCGAUGUCGGAGGACAACCGGUUCCUGGUGUCGGCCGGUGCGGACGGACUGCUCAAGGUGUGGGACAUGAACACGGAGAGACAGAUGCACACACUGGCCGGACACACGGACGAGGUUUGGUGUGUAGCCAUAUCACCCGACAGCGAGAUCAUCGUGUCCGGAUCACGCGACGGGACCAUCCGACUGUGGCGCCUGCGUAAUGGAAGCGAAAUCUGCUCGUUUGGAACCGGCGUGGAUGUGUUCUACAUCACGAUGAGCAAGGACAAAGGAACCAUCGUUGCCCUGGGAGACAAGUUUGGAGCCCGCAAACUGAUCAUGCUGCAAGUUGUCCGAACCAAGAUCCGUCGACAAGUCAGCUCGUAGUCUCCCUUUGGUGAAGCAAGUUGUCUCCCAUUGGCGAAACGAAUUGUCUCCCUUUGGUGAAACGAGUUGUCUCCCUUGGGUGAAGCGAGUUGUCUCCCUUUGGUGAAGUUGUCUCCCUUUGGUGAUCAAGUUGUCUCCCUCUGGUGAAACGAGUUGUCUCCCUUUGGGGUAACGAGUUGUCUGCCUUUGGAUUGUAAUACUGCAAAACGAAAUAGCUCUGAAACGUUAACUAUAUCUAUGUCUAUGUUAUGGCACGUGCAAUUAAUUUAUUAACAAAAUUGUUAUUGCUUUAUUUUUGGUGUAUUUUGUACCAGAUAUAUUUAACUGAUGGACUGAAAAGGGACAACGACUGGUCACUACUCGUGUAACAGUUGAGAAAGGCUGCAUGUGUCAUGUAUAAUUGAUAUUAGGACAUGUUUUACUGUUUGGCCAUCAUGUCUGUUUUCAACAAAGAAAACAAUUGUUGGACUGUAAGUCCUGUUAUAUUAAUCACACAAUAAAUUGAGUGAAUUCAUUUCUUUUAAACAUGAGCUUGACUGUUAUGAAAACAACAAAGAAAAUUUAAAAGUAUAACUAUAUCGAGAAAGAACUUCGAGUAGAUUACUUUGAAAUCGCCUGUUUUCUUGGGGGUCUAAUUUUCGUGUAAUUGGUGGACGGGUCAGUUAACAACACUACGAAAAUAUAGUGCAUGUAUAUAUGUAUAUAGAUACCGCCUUUUCGAUCCUUGAAUUUAAGUACCCAACGGAAUGUGUAUUUUAUCAAGACCACGAAAUUUUAAAUCCACGAUUAUAUAGGAUUUCAUUGUAUCUUAAUUAUUUAAAUGACUUUCAAUUUUGUCUGAUCAACAGUUAACAAGACAUCGUUGGAUUGGCAUGCGGUUAGACGACAUCACUGCCUUAAGUUUUUUAUGGUGCCAAUGAGUAAAAUUGUAAAUGUGAAAUUAGAAUGAAAUAUUCUUUAUUAGAAAUAAAUUCUAUAUGUCGAGCAUGAAGCAAAUAAGGGAAGCAACUCUUGAUGGCCUGCUUCCCAUUUUAUUGGUAUGUUAAUUUUAAAGUUGCAGUCUCUUUUUACCACAUCAUAAUAUCAUUCAUUGUUGCAAAAUAAAAAUGCAAUGCGAGUUUUCGUUAACUCACAACUCACAAGCUUCCUUCCACAUGUUAUAACACCAUUCGCCAGUGCAUAUGUAGAAUGUCAGGUUACAACGGUUUGAUAUCGUGGUUAUUUGGCAAGGUUUAGAUAACGGUGUAACAGGUUACAACGGUUUGAUAUCGUGGUUAUUUGGCAAGGUUUAGAUAACGGUGUAACAGGUUACAACGGUUUGAUAUCGUGGUUAUUUGGCAAGGUUUAGAUAACGGUGUAACAGGCGAGCUUCAUGGGCUAUCAGGUCACAGCAAGCAUGGUUGCGUGAUUAAAUGGUUAUCGUCAUUGGCCUUGAAAUAACAACAAAAAGGUCAUGGUUUAAACAUUAAAACAAAAACCAGUGGUAUAACACUAUUGGUGUAAUGUAAUUAAUGUGGAAGAUUUAUUCUGAUUGGUUAAAUAAUGAAAGACAAUUCUCGAGACUGCAGCUUUAAUACGUUUUGACUCGUUAUAAAAUAUUCGACUUGAUAUCUCAAUUUUAAUGUAGUUUUAGUAGAGUAUUCCUUACAUCCUCUAUGCUCUUGCCACAUAAUAUUACAUAUUACAUAUUUAUAUCGAGCAAAAGCAUUUAUCGACUUUUUGUUUUUAUUUAUAUAUACCACAUUAUCAAUGUGUUGAUAUUCUUCGUAUAGGUGCUUUCUGACAAUACGACUUGCAGUAACGAUUUGUAGUAUGAGAUUUGUAACCUGGACAUUGGUAGUGAACAGAGAUUAGUAUGAUUAUAAACAUUUCGUCUGUCGUACAAAAUGAUCUCGUAUAUAAAUUAUGCACUGACAAAUUAAAAAAAAGAAGAGUUUUUGUUUAACAACACUGACAAAUACUGACACAUUAAAAAUUGAUUUGGUUUUGUCUUAUUACCUCCAGAUACAUUAUAUUAGUGUAUUGGCGGUUGAAGUACAUUACUGAGUGGUGCAAGAAUUGGAGAAACUACAUUUAAAAUCAUAUCUCUGUACAGUUGUGCAAGUGAUGUUUGGACAAUUACAAAUACAACACACUUUAAUAGUUUUGAGUCUCUCAUAACUAAAAUCAUUUUAUGAUUCACAUGUCCUGACAAUGUCACUGUUCUAUAAAUGGUUAUUAAAAGUCGCACCAUUGGAACGCACCUUUAUGUUUCAUUUUAUGUGCUUUAAGAUACUAAACCACGUAGUAAACUCGGUUGUUUGGUGUAAUAGAUUAUAAUAACUGAAUUAUUUCAUUAUGGUUUUUGUAUGUUGUAAUGUAGUUUUUAAUCCACUGGUAAAAUUGUCAUCAAUCACAUUGAUAUCUUUACAGACAAUUUUGUUUAUGGAUAACACCGAUAAAAGUGCCUAAUACUCUUUGUAAUCAUUUGUGAGGCGUCGUGCCAUUCAGGUAUACCUAACAUUUAGACAUAUUUUGUAACAAAAGUUUGUCGCUUAUUGUAAAACUGAGAAUUACAGACAGAUUGUGUCCAAUUGUUUGACCUAUCCGGUGCUAUAGAUGUUAUUAAAGACAAAUGCUUAUAAAACUUUAGACCUAUAUGGUCCGACCUCAAAGCAGGUAACGGCGCCCCCUUUGAUCUAGAACAAAUGACGUUGCUAUGACAUUAUAUCCUGGGCUUGAGGUUUAAACUUCAGUGUUAUAAGCUCAGGAAAUGUUUUGCAUGGUGGCAAGAAAUCUACUACCUUAAAAUGUUAACCAUGGCAUUAAUAAGAUAACUAUGAAAUAUAAAAAUAAUUACCCGAAACCAUAAAAUUGUGUAAAAUAUCAACUACCCAAACACGUAACCAGUUUUGUCGUAUGCAUAAUAUUAUUAUAGUUUAUAAAAUAUAAAUAUAACGACCAAUCAUAAUGGGACGUUACAUUUUACGCGUGUUAACCGGAAGUCGUAUUUGAAUCUCAAAUAUGCUCACGAUGCAUGGUGGUGUAUUCCGCGGAGGAUGUACUCCUCCGCUGUUGUAUUUUGUGAUACGAUUAUUUUAUAGUUGUGGUGCUAUUAUUACUAAGACUUUCUGUUGUACCCUCCUGUCCAAUAUCCACCUCCGUCCCCGCCAGACGUUGUACCUUAACCUUGUGGCUGAACCUCGAAAGGAUAUAGACACGUUAAUACAUACAGUUUAACCCUAAGCCUCGACAGACGUUAGAAAAAUAGUUCCAAAAACAUUCAUAUUAAAAUAUCACUUCUUAGGGAAUCUUGGGAAGGCGGAAUAAUUUCCGAACAUGAAAUUAGUUAUAGCCAGCCUUUCGUCGUUAUAUUUAUUUAAAGACAGGUUUAUCAAUUUGGCAAAUAUCUUAAAUUAAAAAAAAACCCAAAAAACCCCAAACACUUUUGACAUUGAAAGUGAAAUCAUUUAAAUGCAUACAUCAUUUGUCAGUAUAAGUAACCGGAGAUUUUCAAUUUAAAAUUAAAUGCGUCACUGUAACGUCAUUGCGUGUAGAUUGGUGGUUAAAGUACAAUGUUGUACUAGUACCAAAUUGCUAAACUGUUUUGUCUCAGUAUAAUACGGCAUAUUUUAUUAAUAUAUUAUGGAAAGUAAGUGAUGGUUCAUUAAAAAGGAGGUGGGGAUGGAACAAAAGAAAGUCUACCCCUAUUUAACUAUACGUACACUGUGCCAAUAGAUCGCUAGUGCUUUUAGCUAUUUUGUUCAGUAGAGUUCGCUAACAUAGACGGUGAAGCUACUGGCUACGUCAUAUAUACGUAAUUGUAACUACGCCAUAAAUAUUACCAAAUUGAGCGUUGCUAUUUAAUUAUUUUAUAAUACAUUUUGUUUUUUAGAAGAAAAAAACAGAAGAGUUUUAUCAAAUUUAAAUGUCAUUGCCACGACAUUGUGUCUACGUCAAUAGCUUUAUCUUUGGAAUUGGUCACUUCCUGCUGAAAGUGAUAGCCACGACAUAUUACAAUAUACCAUAUGAGAUAUUUAAAAUAUUUCACGUAUUACGUAUUGUGGUAUAAAAUCAAAAUAGUAAAUACUAAUUUUCUAAGCUAAGUCAAAUCAUGAUGUCCAAAGGAACCUUUGUCAAAACAUGUCCGACGCUAUAUAACCGUAAUUAAAAUUAGUUCCUUCUUUUUGUCAAAACACAAUUUUAAAAAGUUUUGUUGAUAAAGAUGCAAGUUCACAGGCUCCUCUUACGAGGCCCAGUUAAACGAAUACAACGCAUACUAAAGAAAACAACAGAGUGGCUUUAAACCUAUUUGAACAGCCAUAUUUGCGUAAUCAGUUUCUAAAUAGGUCUAAUAUGACGUAGUCAGUAGCCUAACGGGUUUUCCUGUUUUUGAUUAUGUUUUUCUUAAAAAAACCUACAAUAACGCCCCAUAAGUUGUUACCUUAUUUUAUUUACAUCUAGUUUACAGGAAAUAUUGAUAUAUAGUUUGUCUUCCACUGUACACUGUCACUUUAUUUACCUGUUUAUGUAAUAAUAUUUUAGAUAUUUUGUAUGAAUAAAAUGCAAGGCUUGUUUGUAUUA